GAGGUUUGUCCAUCUGCCCCUCCCGGUGCAGUCAUUGGUCCCCGGCUGCACUCCUGACUGAGCAUGUGUGUGUGUGCUGCUUAGCUGUUAGCAUUUGGAGAUGGCCGCAGACAAGCAAAACGAAGCUAAAGUUUCCCCAGCGGACGAAAAUAAAGGAAACUUACCAGAUGGAGGACUCGGACUGGAAAUCUUGCAAAUCAUCAAGGAGUCCCAGCAGCAGCACGGCCUCAGGCACGGAGACUACCAGAGAUACAGGGGCUACUGUUCCCGUAGGCUGCGCCGCCUACGAAAGACUCUUGGGUUCAAGAUGGGCAACCGACAUAAGUUUGUUGGGAAGAAAAUCACUGUGGAAAUGCUUUCUGACAACAGGUAUCUGUUGCUUGUUUUGAUGGAGGCGGAGCGUGCUUGGAGUUACGCCAUGCAGCUGAAGCAGGAGGCUAACACAGAGCCACGUAAGCGCUUCCACCUGCUGGCACGGUUACGCAAGGCUGCUAAGCACAGUGAGAAACUGGAGAAGCUCUGUGAAAGCCCCCGUGUCGAUGCUAAGACCAAACUGGAGGCACAGGCCUACACUGCAUACCUGACUGGAAUGGUGGAGUUUGAGCUGCAGGAGUGGAAACAAGCCAUGGAGGCCUUCAACAAGUGCAAGACGAUCUAUGAGAAGCUGGCCAGUGCAUUCACUGAGGACCUGGCAGUUCUGUAUCGCCAGCGUGUGGACGAGAUAUCACCCAACAUCCGCUACUGUGCUUAUAAUAUUGGUGAUCAGAAUGCUAUCAAUGACCUGAUGCAGAUGAGGCUGACUGGUGGAGGUGGAGGCAUGAUGGCUGAGAAACUGGAGGCCCUGAUUACUCAGGCACGAACCAAACAGGCAGCCACCAUGAGUGAGGUGGAGUGGCGAGGACGUACGGUGCCUGUGAAGAUAGACAAGGCUCGCGUCUUCCUGUUGGGUCUGGCAGACAACGAGGCCGCCAUCGCCCAGGCAGCUAAUGAGGAGACCAAAGAACAUCUCUAUGAGACCCUGCUGGCUGAGUGCAGAGACACAAUCCAAGCAGUAAAAGAAGAGCUCAAGACUGAGGCGAAACAGCGAGAGAGAAGCUCUGAUGCUGACAGUGGGAAGGUGUCCAACCUGCAGUACCUGCACAGUUACCUGACCUACAUUAAGCUGUGUACACUGGUGAAGAGAAAUGAGAGCAUGGCUCACACUCUGCAGGCCAAACUGAAGGAGCCUGAGGUCGAUGAGAACAAGAGGGGGCCCCGUCCACAGGAUCUCAUCCGCCUCUAUGACAUCAUCCUGCAGAGUCUAGCAGAGCUCUCCACCCUGCAGGGUCUGGAGGAUGACCACACCUUCCAAAAGGAGGUGUCCCUGAAGACGCUGGUGUACAAGGCCUACAGGUGUUUCUUUAUAGCUCAGUCUUAUGUGCUGGUGAAGAAGUGGAGUGAGGCACUGGUGCUUUAUGAAAGGGUGCUGAAAUAUGCCAAGGAAGUCCAAUCUAAGGCCAAGAGCUUCAACAACAGCCUCAAGGAUCUCCCUGAUGUUCAGGAGCUCAUUGCUGAGGUCAGCGCUGAAAAAUACUCACUUCAAGCUGCUGCCAUUUUAGACACUGAUGAGAUUGUUGAAGUUCCUCAGCAGCAGGUGAAGGACAACACGCCCCUCUGUGACCACCUGGAGAACUUCCGCCUUGACCCCACUCUCGUCGGAAAGCAGCCCAAUCUGGUCCAGUUUCCCCCCGACUUUCAGCCGAUCCCCUGCAAGCCUCUGUUCUUUGACCUUGCUCUUAACCAUGUGGCCUUCCCACCACUGGAUGACAAAGUGGAGCAGAAGGGCAAGGGCGGUCUGACUGGCUACAUCAAGGGCAUCUUUGGCUUUGGCAGCUAAACCCUAAACCCAGGCUUUCACCUCCAUUUAAGAGCCACAGGACCCAGAAUUUACUGCAACCAGGCAGACUUGGGUCCGCUGUUAAUUAGCGUAAUUUCAGUUCUGUUUUGUUUGAUUUUUAGCACCUCUGUGCAAAGCGGUUGGAGUUUGCAGUCUUGAGAAAGGCAGAAUGAAUCUAGUCUUCAUGGAAAAUUAAUAAAGUAAUUGAAUCAAGUUCAAGUAGCAAUAUGAUCCAAGUCCACAUCCACCUUUAAUAACGCUACCAGGCUACAUGGCUUCCCAGCAUACAGGCUCCCUCCUUAAAUUGAGCAAUGGAAGUGUCUGCAGCUUUUCAAGUUCAAUAAAUUAAUAUGCUGUGAAACUGACAGUUGCAGCCCAGUUGUCAAAUCAAGCCAUUUUGUCAUUUUGUUUUUCCCCCUUAUGUGUUUUAUGAGCGCCUUUUAUAGUGUUUUUGUUUUUUGUAAAAAGUGUUCAGCAUAUUUUUUUCUUAGCCCAUAAAAAAAAAUUGCAGUUUCUCCUCUUCAGCUUUGCCCUUGUCCUUUCACAGCAUAAAAACUUAAACACUGUACAUCCAUAUGACCUUGUUUUGGAACAAGAAAUAGCAGAUGGAUUACAAAUUAAUGGGAAGUAACCAUAGGUGUCUAAAAGUGUAGUCUUUAGCAAAGUGAACCACUUGUGUCUGAGAAAGUAGAGAGUUUAGUUCAGUUUGGGUUUAAGGAGAAACGGGAAGAAGAGCAGCGCACAAAAAUCUGAGGAGCACAAAAACUGAAACAUACUCGGGCCUGAAAGUCCAGUUUGUGGAGGCCAGUAGGGGGGGGGGCAAGGGGGUACGAGUCUGAGUACAACCUUAGUCCCUUAGCAGUUCCACUUGGUUGCGAUCUGGUGACUAGAAGGCCCAGAGCAUGGGAUUUAUAUCAUUUUUAUACUCUUAAAGGCAUCCAGUUCCUCCUCAGUACCCUAUGGCUGGGGGACAUCCUGUCAUCCUGGAAAAGAACACUUCCACCAGGACAAAGGUAAUCACUCAGUACAGCUUCUUCCUUGAAUGGAACAAAUAGACACAAACCACACCAUCAAACCCCCCCCAGCAUAACAAACCAAGCUCUCACUGUCAGGAUUGGCCUUUAAGCUGUCACCCAUCUGCAGAUAUGAUAUACUGAUAAAAGGCACACGAAAAGAUAUUUGUUCCCCGUCUCAGAAGUGUUUUUUUUUUUUUUUUUUUUUUCUGUUUUCUGUUGUCACACGUCAUUGAAUAAAGCCUUUUGAAACUCAGCCUCUGAAUUAAGGAAACUGGGACACCAUUAGCAUGUCUAAUGACAAAGCUGUGAGUCAGUUUGAAAUGGGCCUUUCUGAAAAAAAGAGAAGCUAUUUUUUGUCUCUGUUUUUUGUUUGUUUUUUUGUCAGUUACAACCUAAACUCUCCUGGCAGUUAGAUACAGUACCAGCUAAAGCAUUUAAAUACAACAUGCACUGCAGUAAAUAAUCAGUUUUUGUGUAGAAAGCUGCUGAUUAGCUGCGUGGCCAUGGAAAAGGAUGCAGUUUUCUGCUGCUGUUGGAAAUUGUUUUUAUUAAACCUGCAUUGCAGAUUUACGUGACGGUAGAAAUGCGCAUCAGCACAAUUUUAAAAAACAGAUUUAUAGUUGUAAUGAGGGUGGGAUUCACUGUAUGCCAGUUGUAUUAUACCACAUUAGUUUAAGCUGCCAAUAUGUUUGUAGUACUUUGUUAAAUUUUUGUUGCUGUCAAACUUUGUCAUGUCGAGGGUCCAACUGCUUCAACAGCUUCAUCUCAAUGAAAGUAUAAGGCUUGUUAAACAAAACGUACCUGCUGGGAGACAGCAGGUGCGCACUUCAUCAGACUAAUCAGUUCCUGUAACGUUUUUAAUGAUCUGUAUUUUUUUUUUAUUAAAGUACAGUAGACACUGAAGGAGUUUUUAGCAGCCUUUCAUUCAUCAGAUUGCCACCAUUACGCCUCGUUCUGUCAUGGGAAGGACUAAAUGUUUUCACCACCUUUGACAUGUCUGUGGAUGUUCUGUUAUGCUAGAAAAAAAUUUUUUAGAUGUUUGUCAGGAUGUAUUGCAGCCUCUGAUCCUUUCAAGGGACCUGUUUGCCUGUGAGACACUAGCGAGAAGGCAGUUUGAGUCUCAUGCGCACAUUUAAUUUCUUUUGCUUAAUAAUUUUCCUUGUCUUCAAUUUUUUUUUUUUUUUUUUUCCUUCUCCUACUCAAGUGUUUCAAAUAAGAGGGAUGAGCUGGAACAUUUCCAGCACUUUACCUCAUUUAGCCUGGAAAACAAAUGGUCACGAUCUGUGGAUGCUGGAAACUCGUGUGACUAGAGAAAUCAAAUGAGGGGAAUGUAUGAUGAUUUCAUGUAGUUUCCAGGCUGGUAAUUAAAAUAUAUUUGCACCAAA